GAAAUUCCAGUGAUUCAGAGGAGGAAGACCGGAGUACCAGCAGCAUAGAAAAUCAGGCCAUCCCAAACUCUCACAGGGUGCCAGAUUCCAAAUCGCAUCCACCGCACAUCAAAAUAGAUAUCAUCAGGAAAGUGCAAGCCAAAAAUACACAGCGCUAUAAAGUGGAAUAUGAUUCACAGAGUACGGAUACACUGAAUUUCUCUUCUGAAUCCAAACAAGAGACUGAAUACGGUCCCUGUCGUAGAGAAAUGGAAGACACUUUAAACCACCUAAAGAUCCUGAAUGUCUUGAGUCCCAGGGGUUUUCAUAUUCCAAAUUGUGACAAGAAGGGGUUCUACAAGAAGAAGCAAUGUCGCCCAUCCAAAGGCCGAAAGAGAGGUUACUGCUGGUGUGUGGAUAAAUAUGGACAGCCGCUUCCUGGGUAUGAUGGGAAGGGAAAAGGAGAUGUCCACUGCUAUAACUUGGAAAGCAAAUGAGGGCUG